AAUUUUUCACCAGCUAUUUCAACAAAUCUUAAAAAAAAAAGAUUAAUUCUAAAAAAAACGAAAUUUUUUCUUUGUAAUGAAUGAUGGAUUAGUGAAUCUGCCACUCUGGUCAUAGACUCGAUUUGGUCAUGAACUCGAUUGAUUUUGAGAAAAAAAACGGAAAAAGUCGUUCGCAAAUUCGUGGCGCUAUAUAAGACGACGGUGAAUGUCCAAUCGACACCACACUCCAACAGUUCAUCUUCCCCAGCAAAGAUAUUCACUCAUCAGUAGCAAACUCAAUAAUGGCUUCCUACGCCACGAUGCCUUAUGCAGCCCCUCUCCCAUCUUACGCACCUCCGUCUUAUUACACAACUCCGUCUUACGGUGACGAAUAUGCUCCGAUCCCUUUGACUCCGUUGGUCAUCCCCGGCGAUCUUCCUUCCGCCGGUGGAGGAGGUGGUGGUGGUCUGGUCACCAAGUUCUUGGCGUUGCCACUCAUAUUCGUGCUUCCCAUUUUACUUCCCAUCAUUGCGGUGGUUGUUGUUCUGGGAGGAGGUGGCGGAGGCGGGGCUGGAGGAAGACGACCGCUUCCUUUAACAGCUUCAAACGACACUGACAUCUACGAAACAACUCCUUACUACGACGACAGCGCCUACGGAAACGACUACCAAGAUGAAAACGAAUACAACAAUUCAAAUCAAGACAGCCAAGGCCAGUAUCGUAAGCGUCGUCAAGUGGAGAAGAACAAUUACAUUCCCACCGCUGUUCCAUCGAUGAGCAUCGCCCAAGUCGAACGACUGACCCAAGUUGUUUACGCCGCAAUCAACUCGCAGGAAUGCAUCCAGCGUCUCCUGUGUGAAGUUGGAUCCUUGUCCCGCUCCUUCUCCAAAACAAUUCAAACGGUAACCAAAGCUGUCGAGGAUUAUGUUCCUGAGAAGCUCAAAGAUUCCUACCACGUCCUCACCAAAGUACAAAAAUGCGAACAGUUUCAAUGUGGAUCCCUUAAAGUCAAGAAGUAAUUCCCCUGAUUAUAAGUGCAAUGCAAAACUUUUUGUAUAUUUAAAACUUGAUUUGACUUGAUGCUUAUUUGAAAUUCUUUGUGUGUUUUUAUGGAAUAAUACAUCAGUGGGUUAGUACCCGAAAGUCGAAUAUC